AUCUGUUUAUUAUAAUUUUUGUUCCUAUUUUAGUCUGAGUAAAAAAGAAAUGUCUAAAAAAAAGAAUGGCGAUUUAGCGGUAGAUACAAACGACAUACGAAGUAUCGCAAGCAUUGAACUUCGAAAGCCAACAAAAGAAGAACUCAAAUCAUGCCGCGGUUGCAGAAUAUUUUGCCUUGUUGUAUUUUUUGUUGUUUUACUUGCUCUGUUGGGUCUAUCGAUUUAUUUAAUUGCAACACGUAGCUGCAGUAAAAAACCCAAUUCAUCUCGUUAUCCGAACAAUGUUACAUACAUUAUUGACGUAAAAUCGUACAAUGAUUCAAACAACGAUGGCGUUGGGGAUAUUAAAGGGGUUAAUUUAGAUUAUUUCCAUUCAUUAGAUAUUUCUACCUUAGUAUUAAACGAUGUUGUAAAUAAUCGAGAUUUUGGCGUAGACCAAAUAUUAGGGUCUGAGAAUGAUUUUAAAAAAUUCUUUCAGGAAGCAUAUAAUAAAAGUAUGGCUGUUAUGCUCUCUAUUAAUCCUUGCACGGUGUCAUUAGAAAGUCGUUGGUUUAAAGAUUUUAUUAGUUCAACGGCUGACGAAAAAGAAAGUUGGUUUAUAGUCAAAAAACCAGAGGAAAUUACUAAUUGGAGAAACAAAAAUAAUAACUCAGCAUGGUACGAAAUGAACGAUACUUUUUAUUAUUCAUACUUCGGGCAAGAUAGUCCAAUGCUGAAUUAUCACAAUGAUAAUGUGACAAAAGCUCUCUUAGAAAAGCUAACCAAAUGGAAAAAUUUAGGAGCAAGUGGAUUUUUGUUUAAACAUGUUUCUCGAAUAACGGUUGACAAUAAAUUCCGUAACAAUAGUUAUACUGACAUAUUUGACAAAGACCAAGAUACAUCACUCAAUGUUUUAAAAAACAUAUACAAACAUGUGAGCAAGGAAAAGUUAGGGAUGGUAUGGUUGGCUUCUAGUUCCCAUUUCUUUUUGAAAAACGCAAGCGAUCAAAUAGCUGAUCUUUUUGUUCCGGACAUAAUAGCGCAAUUAGCGAUUCCCGUCGAUGUGAUAAGCUUGAAUCGUACGAUUGGAGAAAUGGUGACUGAUUUUAAUAAAUUUAGUAUAGGAUGGGUAAAUAGUUUCUUGGAUUACGAGAAUCUUACUCAUUCAAACCCUGAGUUAACCCGACUGAAAGUGCUGUUUUCAUUAGUUUUGCCGAAUAAAGUUUUGGUUUAUAACAAAGAAAAAAACCAUAAAUUAGACGAUAAAACUCUUAAACUUAUUGAGCUUCGAACCUUAAGGAGUGAAUUUCAAACGCUUCCAACUGCGAUUAAUUGCACAUCUUCAUCUUCAACAAUGGAAAUAAUGUACAAAAAUAAGAUUCGUGUAGUUGUCAACUUUGGGGAAGUUUCUUCAACACUGUCUUAUCAUUCCACGGUAUUGUAUUCUUCAAGUAGCUCUUCAAAUUUUUCGCUAUCUGAAAAAACGAAAGGUUCAAUUGUAGAACCAUUUAAUUUGAUUAUUCUAGAUGUUUGAUUUAAGUUUUGUAAAUAGUAGAAAUAUUUAUGUUAAUACAUACAUAUAUACGUA